AUGGAUCGAUUUGUGAUAAAAACUAAACGUCAUCGGCUAGGAGAAUCAUCUACUUCAAAUGAUAAUAUCACAAAUGGAACGUCGACUAAUGAUAACGUCCAAGAAGAAACGCAGACUAAUGUUAGAAUCCAAGAAGAAAUGCCAAUUAAUGAUAGCGUUCCUGAAGAACAUGCUCAAGGUAUUCACAAUCAAUCGCAAGUAGAGGUUAAUUUGAGUGCUAUUGAAGCUGACCCGGGAUUGAGAUUGCCUAUUAGUGAUCUUGCCAAAACUUCUAAAGAGCUUGAAAUUGUUCGAAGAGCUUACUUACAAAAAGGUCCUUGUCAACCUCGACUCUGUAAAUUUCCUCAAACUACUUCCUAUGGACAACAACGCAAAUUUAUUGUAGAUUGGUACAAUGAGUUUGGUAGUUGGUUGGAAUAUAGUGAAAGUAAAGACGCGGUAUAUUGUUUAUGCUGCUAUCUAUUUAAGGUUGGAGAAAGUGCCAAAGGGGGCGGUGGUAAAUUCGUCAGUGAAGGUUAUAGAAACUGGUACAAGAAGGAAAAUUUGAGAAAACACGAGGGAAAUCAUGACAGUGUUCAUCAUCAUUGCUAUAUGGCUUGUCAAGAUUUGAUGAAUAAUAAAGGUCACAUAGAUGUUCCUCUUGAGAGCAAAACUAAGGAAUCUAAACGCGACUACUACAUUCGGUUGCGUACAACAACGAAGGCCAUUAGAUAUCUAUUGAGGCAAGGACUUGCAUUUCGGGGGCAUGACGAGUCAAAGAGUUCGCUAAAUAAAGGUAACUUUGUGGAACUUAUAAAGGUUAUGGCGGAAGAUAAUGAUGAAAUUAACAAAGUUGUUUUGGAUAACUCCCAAGGAAAUUGUAUUAUGACAGCACCAGAAAUUCAAAAACAAAUCAUUGGUGCGUUUGCUCAUUUAGUCUCGAAGACAAUUAUUUCUGAUAUUGGAGAUGAUUUCUUUGCUUUAUUAGUUGACGAGGCACGUGAUGUCUCCAUUAAAGAACAAAUGGCGGUUGCUUUACGUUAUGUAAACAAGGGAGGAAAAAUUAUUGAACGCUUUCUUGGCAUUGUUCAUGUUCCAAAUACGACUUCACGAUGUCUAAAAGCUUCUCUUGAGUCUCUUCUUACAACAUUUGGCUUGAGUUUGUCGCGAGUGCGUGGCCAAGGUUAUGAUGGAGCUAGUAAUAUGCAAGGAGAGUUUAAUGGUUUGAAGAGUUUAAUAUUGAAAGAAAACAAGUCUGCUUUUUAUGUUCAUUGUUUUGCUCAUCAGCUUCAGUUAGCUCUUGUGCAAAUUACUAAGAAAAAUAAGCAACUUUCAGAAUUUUUUGGUUCUCUUGCAUUGUUGGCUAACGUUAUUGGAGGUUCUUGUAAACGUCAAGAGUUGCUUCGGGAGAAACAAUUUGAGAAGUUAAUGGAACGAGUUUCUUUUGAUAAUUUUGUAAGUGGUAGUGGUUUGAAUCAAGAGUCCACUUUAAAAAGGCCCGGAGAUACACGUUGGAAUUCGUAUUAUUUCACAAUCACGAGUAUGAUUAAAUUGUUUCCUUCGGUGGUUGGUGUACUAGAGUACUUAGAAAAUAAUAGUGAUGAUGUUUCUCAUUGUGGACAAGCCUCAAUGCUUUUAAGGAAUAUUGUGUGUUUCGAGUUUGCUUUUGUCUUGCACUUAAUGAGAUCGAUCUUAGGGAUCACAAAUGAUUUGUCACAAGCACUUCAAAGGAAGGAUCAGGACCUUGCAAAUGCCAUGAAACUUGUUAUUUUUGCUAAAGAUCGACUGCAAGAGUUGAGAGAAGGUGGGUGGGACGAUUUGUUGCGAGAAACUUCAUCCUUUUGUGUUCAAAAUAACAUUCUCAUUCCAAAUAUGAAUGAUGAUUUUGUACUUUACUCGAGAGAUGGCAGAGUAUCGCGAAAAGGUACGCAAAUUACAAACUUGAAUCAUUAUAAGGUUGAUGUGCUUUAUACAGUGAUCGAUCUUCAACUUUCAGAAUUGAAUGAUCGUUUUGACAAUACUAAUACGGAGUUACUUAGUAUGAUAUCAUGUUUUGAUCCAAGUAAUUCGUUCUCUGCAUUUGAUAGAAAGGCUUUGGUGAAAUUAGCUGAAUUUUAUCCUGAAGAGUUUGAUGAUAAUGAUCUUGUAGCCCUUGAAAACCAGCUUGAGAAUUAUAUCAGGGAUGUUAAAAGUGAUCAAGAAUUUUCAAAUAUGAGUGGAGCUAGCAGGCUUGCUGAGAAGUUGGUUGCCAAGAGAAAAAAUGUGACUUAUCCAUUGGUGUACUUAUUAUUGAAGUUGUCAUUAAUUUUGCCGGUUGCAACCGCAUCAGUUGAAAGAAUAUUCUCUGCAAUGAAGAUUGUUAAGUUGGAGCUACGCAAUCGAAUGGGGGAUCAAAUGUUGAAUGAUGUUUUGGUGUCGUUUAUUGAAAAAGAUAUAUUGAACGGCGUUAGUAUUGAUGAGGUGAUGAAUUUUUUUCAAGAAAUGGGACCACGCCGAAAGAUAUUCUAA